AAACAGCUGACAUUUUUUUUUUAAUAUUGUCAAAUGGGUCAGAAAUUCAGGAGGUCAUCUGUAUUUUGUUUAUCAGUCAUGUUCACUGACGAGAGUAUCACAUUUUGUUGAAUAAUAACUCCUAUGAUGUCCAGUAAUAAAUUGUUCACCGACUCCAUUAUUUUUGGACAUUGGGGGGCAUCUUCCAGACGAAUCACGUGACCCAACUGAUGAAAAUCUCUUUUUCAUAUUGAUGAAAUCAAAAUUCCGGCUUUGUGGAUCACCACGUGUCGGAAAUUGCAAAUUAGGUCUCCUAGAAAUCAAAAAAAUAUCUUGUCCGUAAUUAGAACAAUCAAUUUGCUCACGUGACCACUUUGGAAGGCUCCCCUUAAUUUAUGGAGCUGCUUAAUCGAUGUAAAAUUCCAAAUUAGAGUCAACAUUUCCCUUAUCGUUCAGCUCUGGAGCCCGGUUAAUUGUCUUAUGCAUUUGCCAUUGAAAUUGAAAUUCGUCAAGAGACUCGAUCACUCGUGUCAGUCCGUGAGUACUCGUCUGGAUGUACAGUUGCAUCAGGCGUGCCACCGGCACUUGUAGGUUAGAAUUCCUUUUCACGAAUAUACCUGUAAUAAAAAGUGAAGAAAUCCCCGAAUUCACGUACUUGAGACACAAAUUAUCAUCAGGAUGAUCAAGACGGGGGAAGAGGGCCUGAGACCCUUUCAGCAGACGAUAGAAUUUCACGGAAGCGAAGACCAACACUCAGUGGAGAUUUACUCAUCAGACGUGACAGUGAUUCCCUCCCCAGGAGGUCACGAUCACGGCAGCUCAAAAAUAAAGCUGAAGAACAUUGUCGAUUUUACUUGGGAGCCUCACUUCUACACAGGCCAACUUUUGGCUGUUCACAUGUCCGGCAAGUAUUUGGCAUACGGUAUUAAAUCAGGAACUGGAGCUGGCGUUGUGAGAGUUGUCUGCAAGGAUCUUGAGCAGAGGGCACUUCUCCGGGGAAUGCAAGGAGCCAUACAGGACUUGGCAUUUGCCCAUGCCACCAACGCCAUUCUGGCCUGUAUUGACUACGUUGGCAGUGUUUUUGUUCACACAAUUGUCUCAUCAGCUGCACAACUUGUUUGCAAUCUUCAGCUGCACAUUGUGGCUGAGGACGCAUCACCAACCACCCACCGGGUCAUCUGGUGUCCCUAUAUUCCCGAGGACGACGGUACGGAAGGAGAUGAUGCCUCCAAAUUGCUGAUUGUUACGAGGGGAUCAUCUGCUGAGCUCUGGUCUGUCGACAAUGUCUUCAUACAACUUGGAUCUGGACCCCUGAAUCUCAAUGAUGCGAGUAUUUCUGAUUGUGGUGGUUACACAGAAAUAUGUAAACACAAGGGGACCAUUGUGGAAGCCAUUCUCAGUCCAGAUGGCACAGCCAUUGCCACUGCUGGACUGGAUGGGGAAGUGAAAUUUUUUCAGGUGAAUCUGAUUGGAAGUACUUUAGGAAGUCCAAGUUGUCUCCACAUGUGGCAGCCCCACGAGGGUCGGCCCAUAUCUUUAAUGUACUUCCUAGAUGACCACAAGAACUGCCAGCCCGAGGCCCAGUUUUGGCGUUUUGCCAUCACCGGAUGUGACAACAACAGUGAACUCAAGAUCUGGUCGUGCGAGAAGUGGGUCUGCCUGCAGACGAUUAAAUUUCAGCCCUCACCAACAGCUGGCAAGCCCCUAGUCCUCAAAGCAGGACUCGAUCUAGCCUCGGGUUUUCUUUUGAUGUCUGAUAUUGCUAACAAAGCCCUGUACAUCCUGAAUAUCUCCAAGGACACACUGGACUCAGUGGCGUGUGUGGCGAGUAUAUCAGAAUUUCUUCUUCCCUACUCGAUCCUGAGUUUCGCAAUUGUCGAUGCUGGAAUGAGAAAGGUGAAGCCAACAGGUGAAUCAUUGGAGGAUCUCUGUCCCUGUGAGGAGGAGAGUGAGGAUCAGCUGGUUAUCAGAAUGUACCUGGUUCAACCAAAGUCCCUGCAGGAGUGUCACAUAGCAUUUCAACCAGCCAAACUCAUUAGAAAUUCCUGUAUGAUGGAGACACUCACCCACGACUCUCUGGAUUAUGCUGAAGAUAUUGAGAAUAUUCGUGAUGAACAGAAUGGCAUUGUUGAGGAGAAUGGUGAUGAAUCUCUGAUAGCAGUUAUUGAAACAAAUCAUUCAGUGAGUCUCAAUCUCAUGACACCUGAUGCAUUCAGUUCACCAGCUAAAAAGGAAAAUAUAUCGAGCUCAACGUCACCUGAACUUGGUAAUGUUCUGUCAGCAUCUCCAUCACUUUCUCAAGCUGUUCAAGCAUUGAAUAUUCAGGAAGCACCAUUAGCCACCAGUGAAAUUGAGCAAGCACCAGCAAGCGGUGGUAGCAGUCCCUCACGAGAAGUCAGGGAAAUUUUAUCUCUCGCUGAGCCAGAUGACGAAGACUAUGGGGAGGAGGAUAUCAAGGAGUUGGAAGCGAAAAUAAAUAGUGAAGAAAAUUGGUCAAACAUUCCCAUGGUACUUCUGAAGGAUGUACAUCUCAAUCCCCAGGAGUCUGAGGAGAAUAAAAAAACUGAUGAAAAAUCAUUGGAGAUUAUGUCGGCAACUCAGAAUGCUGUGACAGCUCUGGGGACUAAAUUGGAUGGAAUUCUUCAGAUACUUCAGGAUCAGAGACGAGAGCUGAAUGAUAUUAGAGGGGAGGUUACCACACUCAGACAGGACACACCGGUUUCUGCUAGGGUGGACUCAGCUAUUGCUAGAGCUACACAACAACAAUUGGCAACUAUUGAACAGAGCUUGUACACCGGCAUGGCCAGGCAGAAGGAGCUGUUGAUAACUGUUGAGGAGACAUUGAAGAAAAAUAUUGAAGCCACUGUUCCCAGGGUCGUUGGAGAGGUCGUUGCACCACUUAAUAAUCAGAUGCGAAUCGAUGUGAAGAGGGUGGAUGAACUGUUGAAGGAUAAUCUUGCGAAAUUAAUUGGCGGUGCCCAUAUCAGGGACAUUAUCAGUCUCGCUGUUUGCAGUUCAGCAAAACCGGCACUGGAUAAUGCCUUCAAGGAAGCUUUCUCGAGUCUUCUUUUACCUGGCAUUGAGAAAGCCUGUCAAUCAAUGUUCAGACAGAUUCAGGAGGCCUUUGCCAAAGGUACCAGAGAAUAUCUCCAGCACAUUGAGCAGAUUAUAGAGAAGGCGUGCCAGAAAAGAUAUGAACAGCAGAGUGAGGCUUUAUCGAAUCUUGUCAGGGAGGAGCUGAGAAAUGAAAUGACAAAAGGACUUGGAAAUCUACAAGAUGGAAUUCUAAGGUCUGUCAAGGAAUCGGUUAGGGAUAAUUUGGGACAACAACUGGUUGAUAUUCAAGCGAGAUCACGAGCGACAACACCUGGUAUCACUGUUAACAGUCCUGCUGAUGCACAGGCCAGAGUUAUGUCGCUUCUUCAGAGGGGACAGCUCAAUGCUGCCUUUCAACAGGCACUCAGUGCCAGUGAUUUGGGACUUGUUGUUUACGUUUGUGAAAAGACUGAACCUUCAAGGGUAUUCCCUAGCAUUGGGGGACCUGGGGCUAAUUCUAGAUGCUUACUUCAACAACCUGUGAUACUAUCCUUGGUACAGCAAUUAAGUGCUGAUCUUGGACAUCGUACGGAGCUGAAGCAUAAAUGGCUUGAAGAGGCCAUUCUCAAUCUCGAUACAACAGAUCCAGUGACUCGGGAACACAUAGGCACGGUCCUGAUGACGCUCCAGACGCAGCUAGCCUCCUUCAUCACUGCAAAUCCAAAUCAUCGCACAUCGAAGGGUAUGAAGAUGCUGGCGAUGGCAGCACGAGCACUGCUCCUGCACCAGAAUCUAUGAGGCCAGUUGACAGAGGUACAGUACAGGGAGGAAAACGCACAGGAGUGCAAUUAAGAAUAACCUUUUUCACAUCUCUGAAAUAUAUAUUCCUUUGUCGUUCCUCUUCAGUCGAACAAUUUAUCUGAUGUUUUCUGGACUCGUUUCGUUCUACUAUUGGUAACGGUUAUUAUCAUUAUUUUUCUCGUUUUUAUUUCUGAUUUUUCAUGUGAAUUUAAUCAAGUGCAACUUUAUUUUGGACUCAAUUUGAAGAAUAACUCCCAUUCAAUUGACUUAUAUUUGUAAGAAGAUACUUAGAUAAACAAAUAUAUAUAAACAAUUCUAGAUAUAUUUUUUUGUUGUGUAUCAUCGCGUCGACGUGUUGAACUCAAUUGCACCGAGUGAUUGGGCUGAAUAUUUUUUUUUUUUUCUUUGUAUUUCGUAUACAUUUUCGAAGAUGGUGGAGUAAAGGACGUGUAUUAUGAAUAAUAAACCAUUUUCUUACA